AGGCAGUUAGGAGAAAGUAAACGCUCACGAGCUCUUAUCUGAAAGCUUUGUAUUUUGGAAAACUUUCUUCUAGUGUUUUGAGUAUUUUGACAAAAUGUCCGGAUUCUUCCAGUUGUUGAUGAAGAAGAAGGAGUUGAUUCCUAUUGUGGGAUUCAUGGCUUUUGCUGCAACAGGAUCAUCAUCAGUUGCCAUCUAUUUUCUGUUCCACAAGAAUGAUGUGAUUUUGAACAGGACUUCAAAUCCAGAACCUUGGGAACGAGUGGACCCAUCAAAACCUCAAAAGUUUGUCACCAUCAAUCAGAAGUGGGAACCAGUGGAGACUCUGGAAAUGGUGAAGUCCAUGACCAAAUAAGAAAGAGGAGCAAGCAUGAUUUCUGAAGUUGUUUUUUGUUAUUUUUGGCUGACCACAGCUUGAGAGCUGAUUAUUAUUAUUUUUUUUUUUUUUUUUACUUUAACUGUUAAUUUUACUGUCAGAUGCCUCAAAUAUAAUAAAAUAUGUGUUGCUGUCUGAAUAUAAAAAUAUAUAACCCCAGACUAUUGCGCAGUAUAUUUUCAAUAAAGCCGAGCUUUUAUGUGGCUUAGAA